ACCGAAUAGAACAUGAGAAGAGCGUGGAAACUGUUGUCUUGCAGCUACGCAAAGUCUUUGUUUUCUUGUUUGUACAUGAUUUUUUUUUCUAAAAAAUAUUAGCCGUGUGUAUAGGUGUGAAGAAUAAAGAUUGUAUAAUUAUUAGACGUAUAAUUAUUUAAAUCAAUUAGAAGUUUAACAGUACUAGUUCUAGCUGUAGUUUAUUUACCUCUUUGAACUUUGAAGCCUCACCUUCCACACACAGUCCAAAUUACACACCUCUCUGGUUUCCCACGCAUUAAAGUUAAGUUAACACUCUGAGCACUGAAUUUCUCUUUCUUUCUUUUUUUUUCUUAUUUUCCUCUAAUUUCGAAAAUUAUUUUCGCCGAAAGAAAAGAAAAAGUCUUCACCUUUUUUUUCUCUUCGGUGGGUUCAUUACAGUACACUACAAACAUCUCUGAAACCUUGCUUUACCUUGUUCUGUCUCAACAUCAAAACCUGCUCUUUUCUUCUUAUUCUGUGAUCUGAAAUCUUCUCCAAGUAAAUCUGGAAGCCGGCAAGCUCUAACUAGUGUGAUGAUGCUGCUUCCGAGAUGGUUUGCAGAAGCAAUCUUACUCCUAAUCUCAGUUCUUGCGUUUACAAACGCUGCAUACAUUGGCGUUAACAUAGGAACAGAUCUAACCAACAUGCCACCUCCUUCAGACAUAGUCACACUCCUCAAAUCACGACAAAUCACACACAUCCGUCUCUACGACGCCAACAGCCACAUCCUCAAAGCCUUCGCCAACACCACCAUCCAAGUAAUGGUCGGUAUAACCAACCAAGAAAUCCUCAAAAUAGGACGCUUCCCUUCAGCAGCCGCCUCAUGGGUCAACAAAAACGUCGCCGCCUACGUUCCAUCCACCAACAUAACAGCCAUCUCCGUCGGCAGCGAAGUCCUCACCGCAUCACCCCACGUGGCUCCCAUCCUAGCCUCAGCUCUCAACAACAUCCACAAGGCUCUCGUCGCUACAAACCUCAACUUCCAAGUCAAAGUCUCCACUCCUAUGUCUAUGGACAUAAUGCCUAAACCUUUCCCUCCUUCUACUUCCACUUUCAGCCCCUCCUGGAACACCACCGUUCACCAGAUCCUCCAGUUUCUCGACAACACUGGCUCCUUCUUCAUGUUGAAUGCUUAUCCUUACUACGGUUACACGACCGCUAACGGUAUUUUCCCGCUAGAUUACGCCUUGUUCAAGCAGCUUUCUGCCGUUAAGCAGAUCGUUGACCCCAACACGCUUCUGCAUUAUGAUAGUAUGUUUGAUGCGAUGGUUGACGCUGCUUACUACUCCAUGGAGGCGUUGAACUUCUCUAAGAUCCCCGUCGUCGUUUCGGAAACUGGCUGGCCUUCCUUUGGAGGAAGCGACGAAGCUGCUGCGACGAUAACUAAUGCGGAGACGUUCAAUAGUAACUUGAUCAAACGCGUUUUGAAUAACUCUGGUCCUCCUAGCAAGCCGGAUAUACCGAUAAACACGUAUAUCUACGAGCUUUAUAGUGAAGAUAAACGGUCUGGACCGGAAUCGGAGAAAAACUGGGGAAUGUUUUAUACUAACGGGACUUCUGUUUAUCCUCUUGGGUUAAACGGUGGUGGUGGUGGUGGCUCUGGUUCUGCUGAUUUGAAUGGUACGAUGUUGUUCUGUGUGGCGAAAGUUGAUGCUGAUGAUGAUAAGUUGGAGGAUGGUUUGAAUUGGGCUUGUGGACAGGGACGAGCUAACUGUGCAGCGAUUCAACCGGGGCAAGCGUGUUAUAUGCCGAAUGAUAUUAAGAGUCAUGCUUCUUAUGCUUAUAAUGAUUAUUAUCAGAAGAUGAAGGGUGUUGGUGGGACUUGUGACUUUGAUGGUACUGCCAUCACUACCCCUAGAGAUCCUAGUUAUAGAACAUGUGCAUAUACGGGAAGCCCAAACGCAAACGGAACUGGUGGGAACUUUCCUCCGACUGCGUUAGGACCCGCGAGUCAAGUAGGAGGGAACGCAAACGCACUUAUCAUUUCUAUUAACCAUCUUCCCUUCUUGGCAACGUUAGCUCUCAAUCUACUACUACUACUGUAACUUCAGUGUUGAAGUAAACCGGAGAAGUGUACCGGUUUGCUUGGUUAUUUCCGGUUAUCGGAAUUGAUUGUUUUACUUUUGGUGUAGUCUUUUAAGUGUAGCUAGAGAGAGAGAGAGAGAUCAUAUGUUGUCAUUCUUUUUGUCUUCAUCUUUGAACUGUAAUCUUUCGAGAGUGAUUUAAGAUUUAAUUAUCAAGUGAACUAUGUAUCUUGUAAUUUAUUUAAAAUCAUGAAAAAGAUUAGCGCUAUUCCUGAA